AUGAGGUCAAGCACACAAACCAUGAAGGCGAGCACACAAACCAUGAAGACGAGCACACAAACCAGUAAAGCGAGCACUCAAGCAAGUAAGGCGAGUACACAAACCAGAAAGGCGAGCACACAAACCAUCAAGGCGACCACACAAACCAGAAAGGCGAGCACACAAACCAGAAAGGCGAGCACACAAACCAGAAAGGCGAGUACACAAACCAGAAAGGCGAGUACACAAACAAUCAAGUCGAGCAAACAAACCAUCAAGGCGAGUACACAAACCAUCAAGGCGAGCACUCAAACCAUCAAGGUGAGCACACAAACCAGUAAGGCGAUUACACAAACCAUGAAGGCGAGCACACAAACCAGUAAGGGGAGCACUCAAACCAUCAAGGCGAGCACACAAACCAGAAAGGCGAGCACACAAACCACAAAGGCGAGCACACAAACCAGGAAAGCGAGCACACAAACCACUAAGGCGAGCACACAAACAACCACCAAGGCGAGCACACAACCAGCGAGUACACAAACCAGUAAGGCGAGCACUCAAACCAUCAGGGCGAGUACACAAACCAUCAAGGCGAGCACACAAAACAUCAGGGCGUGUACACAAACCAUCAAGGCGAGCACACAAACCAUCAAGGCGAGCACACAAACCACUAAGGCGAGCACACAAACCAUCAAGGCGAGUACACAAACCAUCAAGGCGAGUACACAAAACAGAAAGGCGAGCACUCAAACCAUCAAGGUGAGUACACAAAACAUCAAGGCGAGCACACAAACCACUAAGGCGAGUACACAAAACAUCAAGGCGAGUACACAAACCAUCAAGGCGAGUACACAAAACAUCAAGGCGAGCACACAAAACAUCAAAGCGAGCACACAAACCACUAAGGCGAGCACACAAACCAUCAAGGCGAGCACACAAAACAUCAAGGCGAGCACACAAACCAUCAAGGCGAACACUCAAACCAGAAAGGGGAGCACACAAACAAUCAAGGCGAGCACACAAACCAUCAAGGCGAGCACUCAAACCAGAAAGGGGAGCACACAAACAAGCAAGGCGAGCACACAAACCAUCAAGGCGAGCACACAAACCAGAAAGGCGAGCACACAAACAAUCAAGGCGAGCACACAAACAAUGAAGGCGACUACACAAAACAUCAAGGCGAGCACACAAACCAUCAAGGUGAGCACACAAACCAGUAAGGCGACUACACAAAACAUCUAG